AUUAUCUUUAUUUUCUCUUCCUCGAAUUUCCGACAUGAAUACAAGUUCUCUCCUUUUUUCUCUAACAACUUGAUGCAUCCUGCUGGCAAUUCUGUUACCCAGAAUCAACCAAUUUUCUGGCCACUUCAUCAUUGGGUUUGGAACUAAGCUUCAUUCUUUAAAACAAGAACAACAUCAUUACAUUGUUUUUCUUUGUUUUUCUGAUUUGAUUAUUAGAUCAUAAAACAAAACAUCCUCGGUUUCUAUACAAAUGGGAUAAGCAUUCAAGAUUGUUGUUGGUUGUCAUUGGCGUUCUUUUGUUUUGGUUUUUCAUUUUUCUAGCCAUUUCUGAGAAUAUAUCAAGUUUAGAUUUUUGAUGAAUUCAGAAAUAGCUAAGGAAAGUAAGGAGUCAAAUGGAACGUCUUCUUCUAAUACAGAAAAACCAAUUGAGAUAAUUUCUGAAGAAGGUUCUGGAAAAAAAGUUUCUGAUCAAAUUUCAGAAAACAUAGCUUCUCAAAAUGUUUCUGCUCCUUCUCCAUCUAAACCACCAGCUGCUAACUCAAAUCCUCCAGAAAAAGCACCAUCAAAGUCUCCACCUCCGCCUCCGCCUCCGCCUUCAUCACCUCCGCAUCAUUCUCCACCACCACCUUUACCCUCUCUUUCUCCACCACCUUCUCCAUCACCACCACCUCCCCAAGCGCAAACUCCACCGGAAGCUCCACCGCCAGAUUCUUCACCACCUCCAUCAAAAGUUUCACCUCCUCCACCUUCUAAAUCAUCACCCCCUCCCACACCACUAUCAUCCCCACCAGCUCCAUCCUUUUCACCACCACCACCACCACCACUGCCCGACCAUAAUUCUCCCAUUCCAUUACAAUCUAAGUCCCCUCCUCCAUCUCCUCAAGCUCCAUCGUUACCUUCCCCCUCUUCCAAAUUUAGUCCUCCACCACUGCGCACCCAUCCUUCGCUGCCGCAAUCACCACCCAUUUCCCCAAGCUCCCAUUUAAAACCAAGCUCUUCUCCUUCCAAAAGCAAAUCUCAAUCCAAACAACCCUCCUCCCAUGCUCAUCAAGCACAAUACAUUGUUUUUACUCUCGCCGCAGUUUUGGUUCUCGCGUUUAUUGCCGUCAUUCUUUUUCUAGUAUUAAAAAGGAAAGAGAAACGAUGGAAUGUCUAUGGUAUGACACCCCCCAAGAAAUCUCAAAUGAAAGGAGAUGUGCAUUACUAUGUAGAGUCACCAGGUUUUGGUUAUAGUAAUAGGAACCAUUUAGUUGCAAUGCAACAUAUGAGAACUCCUUCAGACCCAACACAACAACAAAUGAAUACUGGCCAAAUUUUUUUUAGUUAUGAACAGAUUGUGGAAAUUACUAAUGAGUUUUCAAGCGAAAAUGUGAUAGGAGAAGGGGGUUUUGGGCGUGUUUACAAGGCUUCCAUGCCUGAUGGUAGAGUUGGAGCGGUUAAGUUAUUGAAGGUCGGUAGUGGUCAAGGAGAGAGGGAGUUCAGAGCAGAGGUUGAUAUUAUUAGUCGUGUUCAUCAUCGACAUUUGGUAUCGUUGAUUGGUUAUUGUUUAUCUGAGCAACAAAGAGCUCUUAUAUAUGAGUUUGUUCCUAAUGGGAAUCUUGAUCAACAUGUGCAUGAAAGUGAAUGGAAUGUUUUGGAUUGGUCCAAAAGGAUGAAGAUAGCAAUCGGUGCUGCAAGGGGCCUGGCAUAUUUACACGAAGGAUGCAACCCAAAGAUCAUUCACAGAGAUAUUAAGUCAUCAAAUAUACUGUUGGAUAAUGCUUAUGAGGCACAAGUUGCAGACUUUGGACUCGCCCGACUAACCGAUGAUGCUAACACUCAUGUAUCAACUAGAGUGAUGGGUACUUUUGGCUAUAUGGCUCCAGAGUAUGCAACGAGUGGAAAACUAACGGAUAGAUCAGAUGUUUUCUCAUUUGGAGUUGUUCUUCUUGAGCUCAUAACUGGAAGGAAACCUGUUGAUGCAACACAACCCGUGGGGGAGGAGAGUUUGGUUGAGUGGGCUCGUCCGCUUCUCCUCCGUGCAAUCAAGACAGGUGAUUUUAGUGAACUAGCAGACUCAAGGCUUCAACGACAAUACGUCGACAGUGAAAUGUUUAGAAUGAUCGAGGCAGCUGCAGCAUGUGUUCGUCAUUCUGCCCCAAAACGACCGCGAAUGGUUCAGAUUGCAAGAGCCUUGGACAGUGGAGAUCAACAAUAUGAUCUAUCAAAUGGGGUGAAAUAUGGUCAGAGCAGAAUUUAUGAUUCUGGACAGUAUAAUGAAGACCUUAUGAGAUUCAAAAGAAUGGCUAAUGGAAGUUUUGAUGAGUCUGAAUUCGAUAUGUAUAGCUCCGAAUACAGUUCAAGAGACAUGCCUAGUGGAUCUGCAUGGAUCCCACAGUCUCCAAGUGGUGAUUCGCAGAUUAAACCUGUUCAAGAAUAAAACAACGCUGUAAAAAGCUAUAACGCCACUAUUUCACCAAACCUGAAAAUCAAAAACUCUUCAAUUUUUGCUGUGUUUCCUUUCCCCAUUUUUUUAAUAGAGGGGAACAAUGAAAAAUUGGAUUGUAUCAUACUAUAAUGCGGGAUAUGACGGAAGAUUGAGUUUAUUUCAACACAUUUGCAAUGUACAUUGAGUUUGUAUAAAACAUCUAUGGUUUGUGUUUUCCAUUUUGAAACUAUGUUUGAAUUACUCUUAUGUAAAUAGAAUGUAUAAAACUGAUAGAAUCUAAUUAAGUGAUACUGUAGUUGAUUUUGACUGUCCAA